AUGAAAAAGUUACCGGUUACUUGGUGCAGUAAUCGAACUUCAUGGAUGAACAGUUAUAUUUUUACCAAUUGGUUAAAUGAAUUCGACGAAAUUAUUGAAAAACAAAAUCGUAAAAUCUUAUUAUUUCUUGAUAAUGCACCUGCACAUUCACCUGAUAUCAAACUGAAGAACAUCACUCUCAAAUUUUUUCCAUCAAAUACAACUGCUCGGAUACAACCUUUAGAUCAAGGUGCAAUCAAAACGUUCAAGGCUAAUUAUCGAAGACAAUUAGUACAACAUAUUAUUGCAAAUGCUAAUACAGCUUAUUCAGCUGAUGAUGUUGCUAUAACUGCAUUAGAUGCUGUUUUUUGGAUAGAAUGCGCUUGGAAAUCUGUAACAGAAACAAUUUUACGAAAUACAUUUAAAGAAGCUGCAUUUAACAAUGAAGAUGUUGUACCAAAAAAUACAUGUUUUGAUGAACUUAAUUCAGUACUUAAACAUUUAACUAUUGGUGGUGAUAUAAUGUCAGCAACUGAUUUUGUGUCUAUUGAUGAUGAUGUACCAGCAUUCAAUGAAUGGGAUGAUGGUAAUGAGAAGAUUUUAGCUAUUGAUGGAAUAUCAAAUGAAGAUACAGGCCAAGAUGAAGGUACAAUAGUUGAACAACCACCAUCAUUGUCCGAGGCAGUGGAAAUGGUACGUCGUUUACACCUGUUGUCAACUGCUCAACAUCCUCAACUGCAUUCAUUUGUUAUACAACUUCAGUCAAAACUUAUUGAUAUAUAUCUAAAUCUGAAUGUUUCCAAACAAAGAACUAUUCAUGAUUUUUUUAAACAUGUCCAAGAGGGAUCUAUAUGUGAUAUUUGA